UCCAAAUGUACUAUAUAAGGCAUUUAAUAAGAGUCUGGGGAACAUUUCUGGAGUUUGAUUGAACAUUUAUAUUGACCUUCUCACGGCUCACCAUGUCUCUUGACAAUUUGCUGAGAGUGUUUAUGUUGCUUACAGCAGUAUCAUGCUGUAAUGCUAAAAGCAUCAGUGCUAAAAGGAGCAGUGGUAGUACGGACAACAAUGCAAUACCUGGAAUUGCCUUCAUGUCUGACAGUGAACAAUGGCCAUGGCAUAUGGUCCACUUCAGUCUGACAGUGAACAGAAACCAAGGUCUAAGAUCAACUUUAUGUCUGACAGUAAACAAUGGCCAUGGCAUAUGGUCCACUUCAUGUCUGACAGUGAACAGUCUGGAAAAGGUGAUGUGUCUUCCUCUGAAAACGAGGACUUAUCUGAAAUCAGGUGAUUCAGAUGGAGUUGCCUGA